UUUAAAAUUCCAGUAAGAGAAUAAAUAUAAUCAGUAGUAAAUAGUUAGCCGAGUAAUAAAGAAUUAAUCAUCAAAUAUGGCAGCCUACGAGUCAAGUCGUUGCUACGCAUGCAAAAAAUUAUUUUGUUGCAUAGACUGCUGUUCAAAUCACAUAAAAAAAAAACAUAGCGCUAAUCAAACACCCAUUGAUUGUCCACUGUGUCGUAAAGAGCCGCUGAUAAUACGUAGUUUUGAUCACAAUCAAUUAAAAAAUCAUAUUAUAUUCAAUCAUUUACCGCUUGAGUGUCUAAAGUGCGGGGAAUUAUUUGAUAAACAUGAGGAUUUAAAAUUUAUUGGGACAUGUGACCGGCAUCCAAUUAUACGAAUAGAGGCGCCGACUUACAUUGAAUCAGGUGUCACAUCAUCGUCAUUAUCAACGAGUUUUGCCGUUGAUUUGGAUUUAGCUGGAUCAGUACUCAGCAAAACACCUUCUGCAGAUUCGUCAAUAAAACGUAAAUCCUUGUCAUUCAGCGGCGAUUACCAUCAGUUUGAAGAUUCACCCCGUGCAUUUACACGGCAUACCAGCACACCGAUGCACGUUGGAUUAACAAGACAACUUAAUUCAUCAAAUUUAAAUCACAAGAGUGGUAAUUUUUUUUUUAAAAUAUCUAGUCGACAUGUUGGCUCAGUACUGACUGUACAUACCCAUUCUGAUAAGUCGCUUACUAUAAAUAAUGACAGUAAUAAUAAUAAUAAUAUAAGUAAUUAUAAUUUAAAUGAUAUUAAUCCUGGAGAAUUUAAUUGCCAAAAUAAUUUAACAAGAUCUUAUUUAUCAAAUACCGAUCGUACGCCAUUGAGAUCUAUUUUGUCAAAGUCAUUCAAUAAGGAUACGAGUAAUCAAAGUAAUAGUAAUUUAUUGAGAAAUAUAACAGAGCGUAAAUUAGAAGCGAUGAUGGAGUCCAAUGAUGAGAAUGAUGACGGGCAGGGUUGCAAUCCUGGCAAUUCUGGUGGGUCAUUAAAAAGAGAAGCCGAUUCAGUAGAAUCGUCUACGGAAUAUAAAAAUGUACGGAAAAACAGUAAAAUUUUAAGCAAACGUGUGAGAUUUUCAGAUGAGUUUAGCAGCAUUGAAUUGGAUACUGAUGACAAUUUAAAUAAUGAACCUGAAGUGGAAGAAUAUUUUGAAAGCUGUCAAAGUUUUUCUGAUACUUCUAUCAGUUCAACGGAAAAAAAAGUUCAUUGUGGUGAUGCUGCUGAUGAUAAAUUAAAUGGGAAUGGAAAUAAAAAAGUAAAUUCUAAGAGUGAAUUAAAUCAAGUGAAUGAAAAGGCAGAAGAUAAUUUCAAUCGAACUCGCACUGGAUCAUCAAGAGUUGUCAUGAUGGUUUUGGUUGAGAAAGCUGGUGAAGUUUAUCCCCGAGAUCUUGCGCCGAUUAUCGACUCGGGGCUGGAAAAAUUGAAGUCUGCGAUCAAUGCGUCGAGUGCCACGGAAUUGGAAGUCGCUGCUGAUAAUCAGAGUGAUAUCAAAGAUUGUCAAACUGGUUUUACGAUGCUGUCAGUUGAUAGUUAUACCAAAUUAUCUACGUUGGAGUGCAUCAAAGUUGCCGACUCAUCUUCAAGUGGUUCAAAUUUACAAGGAAAUCGAUCUGUUGCUAAACAAAACAGUAACUCUGGGGGAAUUUUCGCUUCAGUUGCUAAUGCGGUUAAAAAUGUUUUCAAAAAUAUAUCAGGUUCAUCCAAAACUACAAAAGCUCUAGACCAAUCGACGUCACCAGCAAACGCACUUCAAGAUAAUCUAUCAAUAGAUUCAUGUGAAAGUGCCAUAACUUCAUUGUCGCGAGCAGCAAAACGUCCACGUGAAGAAAUUGAAUUCAUAACAUCCACUUCUUCUUCUUCAUCUUCUUCAUUCGAGUCGCUGGACGACGACAUAAGGGAAAAAAAAACUACCGGCAAUGAUAUUCGGAGCCCAGUUUUAAAGAAACCUCGCGGUUGGUACAAACAAGUACGCGGUCGUGAGCCCAUUGCACGGAUGAAGAAUGAUCUGCCGUUACCUCCAUUACCACGUGGUGUUUCUAUGGAAACUCAAUGCUUCCAACAGGGUUCUUUGAGUACCAAAGAUGCUGUCCUGCCUUUACCUGAUCGUGCUCAAGUCAAUCGUUCAACUCAGACAGACUUUUAAUUCGCUGAUCAAUUAA